AUGGCCUUCGAAGGUUCAGAUCUCUUAUGGCCCUUUUCUAAUCUACAACGUGUCGACGCCGACGAUCUCCGCGAAGCCGCCCAUGAAAUCUUCUUCACCUCUUGUAGAUCAUCCCCUGGCUUCGGUGGUAGGAAUGCUCUCGCUUAUUAUUCGUCUAGCUUUGACGCUUCCAAUGAUACAACCACCGGAGGAUCAUGGGCUGGGCAAGGCUCUUCUUCAACAACCAGUAAUGCAAAUAGUAAUAAUGGGGUUAUUAAUAGUAAGGUUAAGAGGGCUCUUGGUUUGAGAAUGAUUAGACGGUCGAAAUCGUCGCGCCGGGCUAAUUCUAUAGGGAAUGAAUUCUCGUGCUCGUCUCCUAAGAGCCCUACUGGAAGUGCCAGCCCGGGAAGGAACGCGUUUAACACAUUGCCGCCGGCUAGGGCGAAGAGACGGAUGACCUUGGCCGAGUUAAUGCGACAACAAUUGAGGGUUACAGAACAAGGUGAUAACCGUUUACGUAAGACACUCGUUCGGACACUUGUUGGCCAAACGGCAAGGAAACCGGAGACAAUAAUACUUCCACUUGAGCUUCUCCGGCACCUAAAGCCAACCGAGUUUGGAGAACCCCACGAGUACCACAUGUGGCAACGACGACAAUUCCAUCUCCUAGAAUGCGGUCUUCUCUUACACCCUUCGAUAAGUCUAGAUAAAAACUCUUCCGCCGCGGUCCGCCUCCGCGACCUCGCCCGUUCCGUCGACGAGAGCCCACUCGACACAACCGCGAAGAACUCCGAAGCAAUGCGCUCCCUCUGCAACUCUGUCCUCUCCCUCUCGUGGCGUUCCGCCUCCGAUAGCUCAACAACCACAGAAACCUGUCAUUGGGCCGACGGCUACCCUUUCAAUAUCCAUAUCUACGUCACAUUACUACGAUCAAUUUUCGAUCUACAAGACGAAACCGCCAUACUCGACGAGGUCGACGAGAUGCUUGAAUUAAUGAAGAAGACUUGGACGACAUUGGCGAUAAGUAGACCAAUUCAUAACCUAUGUUUCACAUGGGUUCUUUUCGAACGGUUUGUGAAGGCGGGUGGCGGAGGAGGACCGGAGGCAGAGCUGUUAGGCGCUACGCUGAUGACGAUGAACGAGGUUAUGGGAGAUGCUAAGAGGGUAGCGGUCGAGAGAGACGCGGUUUAUAUGAGGAUAUUAGGUCCAACAAUGACUGCGAUUAAGAGAUGGUCGGAGAAGAGAUUGGGGGAUUAUCAUAGAUAUUAUCGUAGGGGAAGUAUAGGAGUUAUGGAGAAUCUUUUGCCGUUGGUUUCCGCCGUGACAAAGAUAUUAGAGGAAAAUGUUCCGGUCAUGGGUCCUUUGCCGUCGCCGGAGAAGGGUUUAUCCGUCGUGCUGAUGGACUCAACUGGAAACAAAGUUGACAAAUACAUUAGAUCUUCAUUGAGAAACGCAUUCUCUCAGGUAUAUAAAGAAAGAUUUGAAAUUUAUUUGAAAAUUUCAAAUUCUGAUCUUGGUUCUUGGUUCGUGUUUUUGAAGUUACUUGAAACGCAGAAUAUAACAAGUGCGAUAUUCCAAGAGGAAGAAGUAAACGAAGCUUUACUGAAACUAGCAAAAGAAACAGAGGAAUUAGCCUUACGAGAGAAGGAGAUAUUCAGUCCUAUCUUGAAAAAAUGGCAUCCAAUGGCAGCCGGUUCGGCUGCAGUGAGCCUCCAUUCCUGCUACGGGACAUUGUUGAAGCAGUAUGUGGUUGGGAUCCCGACUCUGAAUGCUGAAACCCUGAAGGCUUUACAGAGUGCAGGUAAGCUGGAGAAGCUUCUUGUACAAAUGGUGGUUGAGGAUUCUGUAGAUUGUGAAGAUGGAGGGAAAGCUAUUGUGAGAGAGAUGAUUCCGUAUGAAGUUGAUGGAAUCAUAAUAGGGUUGUUGAAGGAAUGGAUACAGGAGAGGAUGAAGAAAGGAAGAGAAUGUAUUCAGAGAGCUAAAGAGACUGAGGCAUGGAAGCCAAUGUCGAAGAAUGAAGCAUAUGGACAGUCAGCUGUAGAGUUGAUCAAGAUGGUGAAGGAAGCUAUUGGAGAUUUCUUCGAUCUACCUUUAGGAAUCACAGAGGAUAUACUCCUGAACUUUGCUGAAGGAUUAAGUCAUCUCUUCCACGAUUACAUCUCAUUUCUUGCUUCUUGUGGUAAUAAUUCUAAUCUGUAA